UGCGCAAUCUGUGUGAGCCUAUUAGUCCCGACCUUGGUGAAUAUUUUGAAACUAACAUUGAGGAUGCUGCCAGUUCUCUUGUACAGACAUGGCUAGAUCUGGAGGAUUCCCGUAUGCAGCAAUCCUGCUUAUUCUGUGCAUUUUCCAGAUGACAGUUGUAAGGGGACAAAGCACUCACCCUAUUGAAGCAAAUGCUCUCAAUGCUAUCAAAGCCAGGUUAAUUGAUCCUAUAAACAACCUUAAGAAAUGGAAUAGAGGAGAUCCAUGCACAUCAAACUGGACAGGAGUCAUCUGCCACAAGAUACCCAGUGAUACAUAUCUUCAUGUAACAGAGUUGGAGUUGUUUAAGAUGAAUCUUUCUGGAACUUUGGCACCAGAGAUUGGUCUCCUGUCUCAGCUGAGAAACUUGAAUUUUAUGUGGAACAAUUUGACUGGUAACAUCCCGAAAGAGAUAGGCAAUAUAACAACACUCAAUCUUAUAGCUUUAAAUGGUAAUCAACUAUCUGGUUCCCUACCAGAUGAGAUUGGCUAUCUGAAGAACUUAAAUAGAUUGCAAAUCGACCAAAAUCAAAUAUCUGGACCCAUACCUAAGUCGUUUGCUAAUUUAACAAGCAUAAAACAUCUUCACAUGAACAAUAAUUCAUUAAGUGGGCAAAUUCCAUCUGAGUUGUCCAGAUUGCCUGAGCUCCUUCAUUUGCUUGUGGAUGCCAAUAAUUUGUCUGGACCUCUUCCUCCAAAAUUAGCGGAGACACGUAGUUUGAAAAUCAUUCAGGCUGAUAAUAAUAACUUCAGUGGAAGUUCCAUCCCUGAUGCAUACAACAACAUAGGGACACUUUUAAAGCUGAGUCUUAGGAAUUGCAGUUUGCAAGGAUUUAUUCCCGAUCUGAGUGGUGUACCUGAACUUGGCUAUUUGGAUCUUAGCUGGAACCAACUGACAGGAUCUAUAGCAGUUGAUAGACUUGCUUCAAAUAUCACCACGAUUGAUUUAUCACAUAACUUUCUGAAUGGAACUAUUCCGGCAAACUUCUCCGGGCUGCCUAAUCUUCAAUUCUUGAACUUUGAAAGCAACUCCCUUGACACAAUUCCAGCUGCAUUUGAGCCUCCAAAAGCUGUCAUUAUACUGAUUUCUGGAAACCCUGUAUGUGACAAUCCAGCUCGAGCAGCGGGACUUUGUCAACCCAAAUUUGUAAGUGAAGCACCAUCUGGACAGGGACCACAAGUUAGUAUAGACUGUGCUUCUUGCCCGAUGGAUAAAAAUUAUGAAUACAACCCAUUAUCCCCUAUACCUUGCAUUUGUGCCGCGCCUCUCGGAGUUGGAUUUCGGCUGAAGAGUCCAGGGAUCUCGGACUUCCGCUCCUACAAAAAAGCCUUUGAGAUGGACUCAACCUCUGUACUGAACCUGAGUAUAUACCAACUAUACAUUGAGCGGUACACAUGGGAGGCUGGUCCAAGGCUGAAUAUGCAUUUGAAGUUAUUCCCCAAUAACACCAAUUUAUUCACUAUGUCGGAAGUUGUGCGGCUCAGACAAUUACUUGCUGGAUGGGAGAUUACUCUGUUAGACAUUUUCGGUCCUUACGAGCUUCUCAAUUUCACGCUUGGUUCCUAUGCAGAUGAAUUCCCAGAAGCGGUGCCAUCAGGUUUGAAAAAGGGCACACUAGCUGGGAUUUUGGCAGGAACAAUUAUUGGUGCUAUUGCAGUUUCUGUGGUUGCAACAUUUUUUAUAAUGAGAAGACGCUCAAAACGUCGAAUAGUUUCGAGGCCUUCAAUACUGUCGAGGCUUUCUAUCAAGGUUGAUGGUGUGAGAUCCUUCACGUUGGAAGAAAUGGCUACAGCAACAAAUAAUUUCAAUGAUUCAGCUGAAAUUGGUCUGGGAGGUUAUGGAAAAGUCUAUAAAGGAAAUUUAGCUGAUGGGGCAACUGUUGCAAUCAAACGAGCACAUGAAGAUUCUCUCCAAGGUUCAAAUGAAUUUGUCACGGAAAUAGAAUUGCUGUCAAGAUUGCAUCAUCGUAAUUUGGUAUCUCUAAUUGGCUAUUGUGAUGAAGAAGUUGAACAGAUGCUGGUGUAUGAAUUCAUGCCAAAUGGCACUCUACGUGAUCAUCUUUCUGAAACUUGUAAACGACCUCUGAACUUUUCUCAGAGGUUGAAUGUUGCGUUGGGCGCUGCAAAGGGAAUCCUCUAUCUACACACCGAGGCAGAUCCUCCUAUAUUUCACCGUGACGUUAAGACCACCAACAUUUUAUUGGACUCCAAGUUCAUAGCGAAGGUGGCUGACUUUGGUCUUUCAAAGCUUGCUCCGAUCCCGGAUGUUGAAGGAACAUUGGCAGAACAUAUCUCCACUGUUGUUAAGGGCACUCCGGGCUAUCUUGAUCCAGAAUACUUCCUAACAAAUAAGCUGACAGAAAAAAGUGAUGUCUAUAGCCUUGGUGUUGUGCUUCUUGAACUAUUGACCGGAAUGAAGCCAAUCCAGUUCGGUAAAAACAUUGUUAGAGAGGUUAAGGCAGCUUACCAAUCGGGAGACAUUUCUAGGAUCAUUGAUAGCCGAAUGUCUUGGUGCCCUCCGGAAUUCGCCACGAGGUUCCUCUUGCUAGCCCUGAAGUGCUGCCAAGACGACACCGACGCAAGGCCUUACAUGGCCGACAUCGCCAGGGAGCUCGAUGACAUCCGUAGUGCUCUACCUGGAGGAGAAGACCUCCUAUCUGUAACCUCCAUGGAGACGGGCCCCUUGGUCACACUGACUCCAUCUACAUCGAAUUCCAUCAUAACGAUCACCGAAGAGCAUUUCGAUUUGUCCCACACCUCCGGCAGUGGCCUUAUGGACAGCGGCGUCCCUUCCAGGAUGGCGGUGACUCCUCGUUAGCACCGCCAUGCCGGUGCUCUUCGUAUUGUGAAUGGGUUUGGAUAGUAGGCACGUAAGUGAUACUCCAUAAUCUGUUCUAAAAUUUCUAUAUGUUCACUUAUUUUGUGGACAGAGGGAGUAGCUUUGAAGAACGCUGGUCUGGCCUGCCCGGCGGUUUAUUUUUCUGUAAAUGAAAUUAUUCUGUGUUUGAAGAUCAAAGGAUUAAAUAAUUAAGGAGGUGUAUUUGGUGACACUA